AUGGCGAAUCCACAAUACUCCGACUGGUCACCGGAUCCAGUACCAAACAAACGUCAAAGUCAUUCAUUGAUCAAAUGCAAUGCCUGGGCAGAUGGUGAUGAUAAUAAUCAAAUUGAUCAAAAAAAGACAUCCUAUGCGUGGUAUUGGUGUUUUGGAUGUUGUAUUCUUGGAUCAUUAGUUGCUGGAAUAGGUUUAGCUAUUGUACUGACAUUCUGGUUAACGUCAAAAACAACAGCAACAGAAACAUUAAUUGUAGUAACAUCAUCCUUGGACUCAUCAAGUCGAUUAUCUACAUCAACCUCAAUUGCCACUUCAUCGAAUACACCAUCUACAACAGGAUCACCAUCGUCAUCUUCAUCAACAGCAGCAUCAGCUUCAACUAGUGCAUCCACGAGUCCAUCAACAAGCAUCUCUACAGCUGCUUCAACAGCAAGUAGUGUUAGUAUAUCAACAACAACAACUCAAUCUGCCUAUUAUGCUACUGAUGAUAUCUUUAUCAGUUGUUCGACUCCUUUGACAAACGUUACUAUUCAAAUCACUGUAUCCAAGACUGUUGGUGCAACAUUCUACGGUGGUUUCACUACAUUUCCAACUGGACAGAUCAAUCAAGAUCAUAUUGAUAAUGGUACAGAUAUAAUCUAUACAUGGACGAUAAUAAGUGGACAAACAAUUAACUGUGUAAGCUCAACGUUUCAGAUCGAAGCACAGUAUAACUUAGUUGGAACAUCACAACCUAACCAUGUCGAUAGUUAUACAACAAUAAUAGAAACUAGUAACGGUGUCACUACUGUAAACUCUGGAUAUUUUUAA